GCCAAUUCUGUCUGGCCCUGUCUGUUCCCGUUCCCGUUCCCGUUCCCGUUCCCGUUCCCAGCAGUGGCCCGCGGCAAGUCGACUGAUCAUAGAUUGCUGAUAGGAAUUGGCCGCUCCGAUACUUUGACCAGUACCAGACGAGGACACGAUCUAGGCACAGGCCGGCUGGGUCGCACAAGACCGUUGUGAAGAUGCUCCAACUCGGCUCUUUCUGUGCCCGUCACCUUCUCUCUUUGAACCCCGCCCAGUUCUGGUCCAGGUCGGCCCCCUUUUGGAUGGACCCUGUCUGGCCCAACAGCCAGAACUCCAUCCCUCGUCACGAUGCUCUUGGAGACGCGGCACCGAACACCACCACCUUCCCCUCCUCAUAUCAAAGCCUGCCUAUCACGCGGCCGCGCAGCAUGCACAGUCCACAGGUGUUUGCCUCCUUGCCUGCCUGCAUGCCUAAGACUGGCGGCUCGCAGCCGGUGACAGGUGUUUGCUACUCUUUGACCCUGGCAGUACAGCAUCCACGGCUCCGGUCGGCGUCCCUUUUCCUGCGUCCGCGAAAGAACGACGGGAGCAGGCUGGUGAAGACGAGAUGGGGCAGGGUCUGAAUCUCUCUGCCAAGAUCCGUCAUUGACCUGUCAAGGCCCGGCCCAACGCAUUGCCAGGAUUGCCUACCGUACCGUACUGUACAAUGGCACCUGAACACGCUCGCCCCAGCCGUCUGCCACGAGCUGCAUGUUUGUUGGACGCACAACUGCGUUACCCCGACCACCACCACCAUCACGGGUAGCAGAUCGGUAUCAGUUGUGAGCAUCUCCAUGCUUCCGCGUUGCCGUCAGGACAUGCGCCAGUGGUGUCACAGCUGCACCGAGCCCAGGCCGCGGUGGCAUGCAAAACAUCAUAAUGACUGCACGGGAUUCGCUCGUCCACAUGGGGGGGGGGGCUUCGGGGGGGAGGGGUCUCGACCCUCGGCCGUGUCGCCGGGUACGGCCGUAUAUACUGUACUCGACGCAGGCGGACGGAUAUGACAUGCGCCCUCCCCACAGUUUGCGGCACAGAAAAGACAUCAGAGUUUUCUCCAGCAAGCCUCCGAUGCACACUGUAAGCUGCCAGGGCUCUCCCAAUAUUGUUCCCUGUCUCUUGCCGCGGCCGUCGUCGCCAUCCGUCGACUGCUCCUGAUUUCCUGGUUCCCUGGCAGCCUGGAUGGAUGGGCACCGGCCACCCGCUCAAGUGCCACACGAGUCCCGGCUGAAGUUCCCGUCUCCUGAGAUUUCAGGGAAAAAAAAUUCUCUGUGGGACCUUCCUUAGCCGUACGGCGAUGCUACCUUGCCGUGAGUGGCCCCGGGCUACCCUACGGUCCUUCAGAGUUCAUCAUGCCAUCGCAUGGGAAAUCGCCAAGUGGCUGUGCAGCGCAGCAUCGGUUUCACUGCGGACCUCGCUGCUUUCCCCCUCCGUGCCUGGGCCUCUGGGACGGGUGGGCUCCUCUCCCGCAGAGCUUGCAUCGGCUCACUUAUGCGCGUCGAGCUGCUAGAUGCCUCUCUGCCCGGGUUGGUCUCUGCACGCCCAACCCCCCCCCCCCCUUCCCCCUUCUCGUAUCAGCUAGCCUUGCUCCCUUGAACACCCAUGAGCCGGCAUUACUACUUUCGCGGGACAGCGACCCCUCAGCCAUCACCUGCAGAACCAAGACAAUCCCUCCUUAGUUAGACGCGUAUCUCAUUUGCCAUGACGGUAAGUGAUGGCUUGAUGCCUUUGGCCGCCAUCGCCCUCCGAAUCUCAAAUCAAUAUUCACUAUCGACGGCUCUAAGCCUGCCAACUGCCAACUGCAAGCCCCUUCUACCUGCUUCCCCAUUCCUCUUCUCCUCCCCCCUCCCCCCUCCCCCCUUCUCUUCCCUGCCUGUCCGGGUGCCCAAACCUGUGUGGCUUGUGUCUCUUCUCCCUUGGCAGAUGUUCGUUGUCAGUCUUCGAGGUGGGGAUCACAAGUCUCCAAAGUUCGUUUCCGAGGCUUCUAGUUAUCCCUGUGCAUGGGGACCCCAGGGCCCUCGUUGUCGCCUGCCUGUGAUGCCCAAGGAUGAGUGACAGGCCACUGGAUGGGGGGGUGGGCACUGCCCUUCUCUAUUGGCGUUGAAGAGACCCGAGAGGUUGCUUCCCGGCGGCCUGCUGGCUGCACUGAAGCUGAUUGACAGCCUCAACUCAACGUCACCUCAUGGAAUGCUGGUGAACUGGGCCUCUCCUGCCUGCAUAUAUGCAAGUCCCCAAAUGGUGGAUAUCACUUCAACAACACUGUGCAGCGCUGUACUGCUACAGUCCACCACCUCCGUCCGCGACACAAUGAGAACCUCACAAUCUCACAAAAAGGGUACCUGCCUGCAGCUGCCGUGUCCCUUCUCUUUGUUUCCCUCUCUGAAGCCGGCCUACAGGUACACACACACUCUCUCUCUCUCUCUCUCUCUCCCUCUCUCUCACGCGCGCGCACACACACACACAUACACACAGACAAACACACGCACACCCUCACCAGAGCUUGAUGCAUAACACCGAUACUGAGUAGCUCUCCCAUUUGAGUGACGCUCGGCGAUGCUUUUCCUGCCCACAUCACCUCCUGGCAUGCAUUACUGCUAUCCUGCCUCUUCCAUUAGGUGCUGUCACUUAAAGCACAUCCAAGGAGUUGUUUCUCGGCCAGCAUUCUACUAAGACUGCUUUUCCCACUCCUUUAUUGACCGUAGCGUUCCUCACAUCCAAGUAUUUCUUCUCGCCCGACCCCCAACAUCUCGUCCUGGUCCUCGUGCUCCACACGAUCACAACAUCUGUGUGUACUUCAACCUUUCAUUCCCGAGACCACAAAUCUUCUUCAGGCCCCAGAAUUAAGCCCAACUCGCCGGCACACAGCAUCACCUGCACAUCCCUUCAUACUUAACUCCGACCCCAUCCACGAAAUCCUGACUGCGCCCUGGAUAUCAGGCCCUCCGUUAUAUCACCAUCCUCCUUUCACGUCUACCUCGCCCUUGGCAGUCCCGUCCGGAGAGCGGCCCGUGACGGCUCAUUUUCAGCAUUGAACAGGAUCAUUCAAGGCGGACCGGCAUCACCUAAUCUCAAGCAGUCCAUCAUGUCUUCCGUCAUGGCCUAUUCCAUGACACACACCCUUCUGACCAGCCUUCUGGACAACGCCCCCGCUACUCCAGGCCUCAGUGCCAUUCCUGUUGGCUUUCCCGUAAGCAGGGAUGGCAAGAGUGCCUGGGUUGGCUCCAGGGUAUCAGACACAGACUUUGUCUGCCAUCUCACAGAACGAGAGCGUGUUGAGAUCUACAGGGCCGUGGUUGCAUUCAAAGAACUGGGGCUCGAUGGAUCCCAUGUCAGUGUCGAUACGUUUAAAUUACCCACGCUUGGGCCUAGGCUUGUGGAGCUUAGUCUUGACGUCCAUAACGGCCUGGGGUUCGCCGUCAUUCGCGGGAUAAAUCCCCAAGACUAUAGUGUCGAGGACUUGACCCUCGCCUAUAUGGGCAUCGCCUCAUACGUUGCUGACAAGCGAGGUCGUCAGGACAAGCUCGGCAAUAUGCUGGUCCACAUUGUCGCCAACAAGGCCAACGAAAAUCACCACCGCCACUCCACAGACCCCAUUACCUUUCACAACGAGGAGGCAGGAGACAUCGUUUCUUGGCUCACCCGAGGGGCGGCUGCCUCCGGUGGUAAAUGCGUCAUUGCUUCGGCUACGACUGUCUACAAUGUCCUAUCUGCCACCCGUCCUGACCUUGUCCGGGUUCUCGCUCGGGGUGACUGGCCGUUUGCGCUUCCCCGGUACCAAUGUCGUCCUGUUCUCUUCCACGAGGACGGCAAACUCAUCAUGAACUUUGGCCGCGCUCCUCUCCUGGGAUCAGCUGCCCACCCUCGCAAGAGCCGCCUGCCUCCGCUAAAUACACAGCAGAUUGAAGCCCUCGACGCCAUAGAGGCUAUCGCUCGGGCCACUGAGUUCCAGUUCGCCACCCAAGCCGGCGACAUCCACUUCAUAAAUAACCUUUCCGUGCUUCACCGCCGCGACGGUUUCGUCAACGACGCGGCGUCGCAGCGGCACCUGGUCCGCAUGCGUUUGCGGAGCUCGACGUUCGGCUGGUCUAUACCGCCUAGCCUAAGGCGGGAGUGGUUUGAUGCCUUUGAACGGCAGUCAGACAAGGUGUGGCACAUCGAGCCCAUGCCCGAGCAUUUCGCCCCCCUGCGAAAACACCCCAAUUGAAGGGAUGUGUUUUCAUCAACGUGCAACGGCACCAUGCCUCUCCCAGAAAGGGAAAAGGCCGCGGCACUACUUCGGGGCCGUCAUGGCGGCUUUUCACGCCAGCGUGUCGGGGGCGUAUCUUGGUCUCCGCACUUCCUCGGCUACUACAUCAAGCUCACGCUUGUGUGGUGCUGACAAAGGAGUCCUCCCGCCCGUCGCGGCAUCUUGUGUGCCAGGGCUUACUUUUUGGUGGUUGUUCGAGUGGGUUUCUUUUUGUAAUUCUUCCCUCCAUAUCCUGGUUCCCACAUUCCAUUUACCUGUUGCCUCCAGUCCAUGGCCCCGGCGUCAAGACGGCGUAUCUGCGUCUCAGAUUGGAAUUCCAGGUCAAAUUAAAAUCUAUGGUCCGUGGAAAGGUCUUUAUCUAUGGUCCGUGGAAAGGUCUUUAAAGAAAAAUUGGUCAUGGCGCCCCGGGACAGGAACUUGAGUACAUCAUCGCCGUUCUUCUUCAUUGUCCGGCGGCUUCAUAUUCACGGGACGAGGCAUUUACGCGGUCUGCAUAUCCGGGUACCCGUUAGAACAAAAAUGAGGUUUCUUUCUGCCGUCAUUCUGUGUCAGGUGCUCCGUUCAUUUUGGUUUGGGAGAAGACCGGGGGUGCCACAUGUAAAGAGCACAAGGUAGAGUAGGGAUACAUCUAUGUGAGAGAAAGACGAGACACAGCCGCCGGGAGAGACCAAGAUAGGGCCAAGUCUGUUGUAACAAUAAGUGCAAAUAUUGUCUAAA